AUGGCCAAGCACCCAAUGCUGCUGCUGCUGCUGGCUGUGUGGGUGCUGGCAGUGGGACUGUGGCUGGAUGCUGAGGCCCUGAAACCACCCAUUGUUAAGAAGCUUUGUGGCCAGGAGUUCGUCCGGACAGCCGCCCACAUUUGUGAACAUCCCGGAUCGAGAUGGAGUCGGUCGGCUAUCCUGACCCAGGAACUAAUGGACCAGGAAACCAAGACUCAGACAAGUAAAUUCACUUGCUCUGGAUUAUAUAAGAUGGAUUGGUGCUUAAUCAGUCUGGCUCCCAAACAUAUGUUCUUAACCAAGAGGUCCUCCAUAAAUAAAGAAUAA